AUGGCAGUGGCCGGGAGAGUCGGAAGCCCAGAACCAGAGCCUCCGCUGCUAUAUAAGUGGGGGGGACGCGGACUGGGGGAGCCUGGCUGCGUUUUGGAGAGGCAAGAAGCCGCCACCUCAGGCCGGUCCCGGCGAACAAGGGCGCCGCGGUCUCGCGACUCUUUGCCCAAAGACGAGCUCCUUGAACCAGGAACUCGGGCGCCUGGUUCUACGCGUCGCAGGGUGCCCCGACCACUGGUUUCCCCUCCAGCCGCGCGCCCCCAAUCCCAGCGGGCGAGGCCCCCGGCGCCCCGCAGACGCCGCCGCGCCAUGCUCCACCUCAGCGAGUUUUCUGGUCCCGACGCGCUCCUAAUCAAGCCCACCGAGGGCUGUUGCACGGAAUCCAGCAUCGAACCCCGGCUGCCUGCCAGGGACACACCAGUGGCCAACGGUUACCCCGGAGCAGGCGACUUCUUGAGCUGGGCUUUGAGCAGCUGCGGCGCCGGGGGAAACUUAGCCGACUCCUGCUUCUUGGAGGGGCCUGCGCCCACGCCCCCUCCCGGCCUCAGCUACAGCGGUAGCUUUUUCAUCCAGGCCGUACCUGAACAUCCGCACGACCCAGAGGCACUCUUCAACCUCAUGUCAGGCAUCCUAGGCCUGACACCUUUUCCCGGCCCUGAGGUGGCAGCAUCCCGGUCUGCACUAGAUGUCCCCUUUCCUUCGGGCUCCGACGCUUUGCUGCCGGGUCUGCCAGACCUGUAUUCUCCGGAUCUGGGCUCUGCAGCCUUUCCGGAGGCGUUUUGGGAGGCUUCGCCCUCCGCGGGCGCCCCCUCGCAGUGCCUAUACGAACCGCAGCUCUCCCCGCCCGACGUCAAGCCGGGCCUUCGAGCGCCUCCCGCCUCUCCAGCGCUGGACGCUACCUCUGCCUUCAGCGGUCCUUAUUCUCCCUGGGAACUGCUCUCUAAUGGGGCUCCAGGAAGCUGUGAGUUACAGGGAGGCUACCAGGCCACCCCCGAGGCCCGUUUCCCCGCCAUGGGAGCCAAGAUUGAAGACCUGCUGUCUAUCAGCUGCCCGGCAGAGUUGCCGGCCGGCCCAGCCAACAGACUCUAUCCCGCUGAGGCCUACGACGUUUUCCCUCUGGCCCCUGGUGACUUAGGGGAGGGGGCUGAUGGCCUCCCUGGGCUCCUGACCCCUCCUGGUGGGGAGGGUGGGGGGAGCGGCGACGGUGGAGAGUUUCUGACCAGUACGCAGCCUCAGAUUUCCCCACUGGGUCUCCGAAGCGCAGCGGAGGACUUACCGAAACCUCUAGUGGCAGACAUCCCUGGGGGCAGUGGCGUGGCUGCUACUCCCGGGCCGCCACCCGCCCUAUUCCCCCCAGCCAAGCCUCGACGCAAGGGGCGCCGGGGAGGCAAGUGCAGCGCUCGUUGCUUCUGUCCGCGGCCUCAUGCCAAAGCCUUUGCUUGCCCAGUGGAGAGCUGUGUGCGCAGUUUUGCACGCUCAGACGAGCUCAACCGCCACUUGCGCAUCCAUACAGGCCACAAGCCCUUCCAGUGCCGUAUAUGCCUCCGCAACUUUAGCCGCAGCGACCACCUCACCACCCAUGUGCGCACCCACACUGGUGAGAAGCCCUUCGCCUGCGACGUGUGCGGCCGCCGCUUCGCGCGCAGCGACGAGAAGAAAAGGCACAGCAAGGUGCACCUCAAGCAGAAGGCACGUGCCGAGGAGCGGCUCAAGGGCCUUGGCUUUUAUUCGCUAGGCCUCUCCUUCGCCGCCCUGUGAGCGAAAAAUGAGUCUGUAGAUUAGGGCGCCGCCACUAGGCGUG